AUGGCAACCCCACAAGUCAACUCAAAAAAACAGCAGGAGCUCCAAGCCCAGUACUCCACCUACAAGAAUACGCUGCAGCAGCUGGCGCAGAAGAUUGGCGAUAUAGAGCAGGAGACAGAGGAGCACAAACUUGUGGUCGAAACUCUCGAGCCCCUAUCGGGUGAUCGAAAAUGCUUCCGCAUGAUAAACGGGGUCCUGGUUGAGCGCACGGUGAAGGACGUGAUUCCCGCGCUGAAAACCAACUCAGACGGGCUGAAACAGGUGCUCGACGAGCUCCUCAAACAAUAUAAGUCCAAACAGGAUGAAAUGGACAACUGGAAGAAAAAGAACAACAUACAAGUCGUUCAACAAUGA